CUGUGUAUACAUACAUCAACACAAAACACGCUAACUUGUCUACACUCCACUCUCCCACAGGCCACGACAUGGCAUCCCAGCAAACCCCUCUCCCAAUCUCCAAUCCAGACUCCCAAACCCCACUCACCACCCCCGCCUUACGCGCCUUUGUCACGCGCCUCUCCUCCUCCGUCCGACGCGCCUUCACUCAACGCCGCCCCUGGUACGAGCUCAUCGACCGCUCCUCUCUCUCGCGGCCUGACUCCAUCACCGACGCCGCCUCGCGCGUCCGCAAGAACUUCUCGUACUUCCGCGUCAACUAUCUCACCGUAGUCGCGGUCAUACUCGCUUUCUCUCUCCUCUCUCAUCCGUUCUCUCUCAUCGUUCUCGUCUCUCUCCUCGGCGCGUGGCUGUUUUUGUACCUUUUUAGGCCGGCGGAUCAGCCGGUGGUGGUGCUCGGCCGUACUUUCUCCGAUCGCGAAACCCUAGGUAUACUCAUAGUGAGUACAAUCGUUGUGGUGUUCCUGACGAGCGUUGGAUCGGUGAUUAUAACGGCGGUGUUGGUUGGACUGGCGAUUGUGUGCGCGCACGGCGCGUUUAGAGUGCCGGAGGAUUUGUUUUUGGAUGAUCAGGAACAGGUGAACUCCGGAUUCUUGUCGUUCCUCGGAGGCGCUGCGUCGUCUGCUGCUGCGGCGGCGGCUCCUGCUGUGGUCACGCGCGUCUAAAAAGGUCAAUUUAGGUCAAUUUCAAGUUAUACGAGUUGAAUUGGAUCUGAUUUCACGUGCAUUUUAUUAGAUGAUUUAGUUAAUUACUGAAUAUUGUUCGAGAAUGCCAUAUGUUGCGUCGGAAAUUUUUUGGAGCAGUUUGGAUAGGUUUUUGUAACCUAGAUUGAUCUGUAUCUCGCAAUUGUAGAUCUAUGUUUUGUUUUUGAAGAAUUUUAGUUAAAAUGAAUUGUAUUGUAUCGGAGAUUAUUUGGUGGGCAAAAAUCCUUUAUUUGACAUUAUAUGCAAUGCAAUGUUUCAACUUUUAACUAUA